UAUUCGUCCAAUCCAAUGUUAGUACUAAAAAACAGUGGAACGAAUAAUGUGUUGAGUUUUAAGCUUCUAUAACAUUCUCGCCCUCUCUAUUUCACCGUAGAAGCAGAACAUAUUCCUUUUUCUGGCUCUGUGUCGAAACGACGUCGGUUGUUCUGAAAAUGGCGGGGAAGCUGAUGCAGGCUGUUCAGUACAACGGCUAUGGCGGAGGAGCUGCUGCUUUAAAGCAUGUGGAAGUUCCAGUCCCAAGUCCAAAAAAAGAUGAGGUUUUGAUAAAGUUGGAAGCAACAAGUCUAAAUCCAGUUGAUUGGAAAAUGCAAUCCGGGAUGCUGCGCCCUUUUCUUCCUCCUAAAUUCCCUUACAUUCCUGCUACUGAUGUAGCAGGAGAGAUCGUAGAGGUUGGUCAAGGAAUCAAAAAUUUCAAAACCGGUGAUAAAGUAGUCGCCAUGGUUAGCCAUUUUAAUGGAGGUGGAUUAGCAGAGUUUGCAGUGGCUAAGGAGAACUUAACAGUUGCUAGGCCACCUGAGGUUUCAGCAGCUGAGGGAGCUUCCUUACCAGUUGCUGGUCUCACAGCCCUCCAGGCUCUUACUCAGUCUGCCGGAAUAAAACUUGAUGGAAGCGGUAAGCAGGCAAACAUUCUGAUUACUGCUGCCUCAGGAGGUGUUGGUCACUUUGCAGUUCAGCUGGCAAAGCUUGGAAAUACACAUGUGACAGCUACUUGUGGAGCUCGUAACCUAGAAUUUGUUAAGAGUUUAGGGGCUGACGAGGUUCUUGAUUACAGAACUCCUGAUGGGGAAGCUCUUAAGAGCCCAUCUGGUCGGAAGUAUGAUGCAGUUAUCCACUGCACUAAGGGGAUCCCUUGGGGAACUUUUGAGCCUAAUUUGAGUGAAAAUGGGAAAGUCAUAGAUAUCACUCCGGGUGCUAGUGCGAUGAUGACAUUUGCUCUAAAGAAACUGACGUUUUCGAAGAAACACCUAGUGCCACUGCUUCUGAUUCCCAAGGGUGAGAACCUGAGAUAUCUUGUCCAGCUAGUGAAAGACGGGAAACUUAAGGCAGUCAUUGAAUCGAAGCACCCAUUAAGCAAGGCUGAAGAUGCUUGGGCUAAGAGCAUUGAUGGCCAUGCCACUGGAAAGAUUAUUGUGGAGCCUUAGAUGAAAGACAAUGUCAAAUAUUUACUGCUGCACAAGGUUUAGCAUACAGUAUAUGAUGUUUGUUUGUUUUCUUUGUAUUAUUUUUCUUCAUGUUUCUGUGAUUUAAUGAGUAUUCUUACUGUUUAUCUGUAAGUCUUAUGGCUUCUUAUUUUUUUCUA